UUGGUUCUUCAAAAUGAGAAUCAUGUGAUUUGUAUUUUUUCAUUACAAUUUUUAACUGAAAAAUAAACUAAACAGAUAAUAAAGUAAUUAAAAAAAAAAAAAAAAAUUAGUAGACUUAGAAAAAUGGAUGAAGAUCAACUAAUACGAGAAAUAGAAGAACUAAAAAAAUUAUUGAAAGAAAAAGAGGAUAACCUUACGCAGUUGAGGUCGAAAAAACAAAUAUUACAGAAAAAUGGGUUAAAAAAUGAUGAAAUUAUGAGAUAUAGUCGACAAAUUCUUAUUCCAGAAAUUAGCGUAAAAGGACAAGUAAAAAUAAAAAAAUCAUCAGUGCUGAUAGUUGGGGCUGGUGGAUUAGGAUGCCCUUCAGCUUUAUAUCUAGCUGGUGCUGGAAUUGGAAAAAUUGGAAUCAUAGAUUAUGAUAAUGUUGAGUUAAAUAAUCUUCACAGACAACUACUUUUUACCAUUCAUGAUCUUGGAAGAGCUAAAGUCGAAGCAGCUGCUGAACAUCUUACGAGACUUAAUGAAAAUGUUGUAGUCAUUCCUUACAAAAUGCAAGUUGAUAGUACCAAUAUUUUAAACAUCAUCAAAGAUUAUGAUAUUGUUCUUGAUGCAACUGAUAAUGUUCCUACACGAUAUUUACUAAAUGAUGCUUGUGUUUUAUCAAAAAAACCACUAGUCUCUGGAUCAGCUCUAAAAAUGGAAGGUCAAUUAACUGUGUAUAAUUAUAAAAAUGGACCAUGUUAUCGGUGUGUAUUCCCACAGCCACCACCACCAGAAACAGUUGUAAAUUGUGGUGAUGGAGGUGUUAUUGGAGCAGUUGUUGGAACAAUUGGAGUAUUACAAGCCUUGGAAGUAAUCAAGAUAAUUUUAAACAUUUCUGGAGUUCUUUCUGAACGACUCGUACUCUUUGAUGGAAUGGAAGCAGCAUUUAGGACAAUCAAAUUACGCCCUAAAAAUCCUAAUUGUGCUAUAUGUGGUAAUAAUCCAAUGAUUACUGAAUUAAUCGAUUAUGAGCAAUUUUGUAAAAGUCGAGCAAAUGACAAGAAUCCUAAUUUAAAACUUUUAAAAAAUGAAGAAAGAAUUACUGUUGAAGAGUACCAUAAAAUUAAAAAUCUUUCAACACCUCAUCUUCUGAUUGAUGUUCGAUCAUCAGAAGAAUUCCAAAUUUGUCAUCUAGAUGAUGCUAUUAAUAUUCCCUAUAUUGACAUAAAAAAGAAAGGAGGUUUAGAAAAAGCUGAAGAAAUAAUCAAAGAAAAACUACAAGGGUGUAAAGACACUGAUGUAUAUGUUUUAUGUCGUCGUGGGAAUGAUUCUCAACGAGCUGUAAAAUUAUUUAAAGAAUUUUUCAAAGAUGAAAAUAACAGAAUAAAGGAUAUCGUGGGUGGUAUCCAUUCAUGGACACACAAGAUUGAUUCUCAAUUUCCAAUUUAUUAAUAAUAGAACUAAUAAAGGUAAAUAAUUUUUGUUGACCGAUUUUGUACAGUUUUAAAUAAUAUAAAGUACAUUACUUAUUGAUUAUGUAAUAAAUUAUAAC